UAAGGUUUUUACGAGUUGGAAGUGAGUUAUUAAUGUAACGAAUGGUGAAGUUAUAGAUGUUCUUUGGGAGGUUUGAUUGGGAUUUAGACCAUAUACCGUUUAAUUUCGACAGUGAAAACUUAAUGACAUUUGAGAAGAAGGAGCCUUGCAAAAUCAGAUGAUUCUGCAGUUUGUCUUCUUGUCCGGAGGUAAAAGUUUUAAGGACUUCCUUUGUCGAGGUGUAGACGUCGUACUGAAUUUAAUUUAAGUUCUCGAUUUACAUGGCGAAGUUACAAUAUAUUCAACGGCAUACUAUAUAUGCCUUUAGUUCAAAAUACGGGCUGUUUGAAAUUCAUAUUUUCCAACGAAAUUGUUACAUUGUAAAUUCAAACGAGUUAAAACGGUUGCGAAAGUGUAGUUCUGGGGUCAGAAACAAUCCCAAAGGAGUAGUUCUUUUGCGAUCGUUUUGUCUCUUUCAGAUUUACACAUUAUACACAUCAUGCAGAGGAAAGCGGACGUGAAGAACGUUGACUUGCGCAUGACUUAACAUUCAAUUCAAAAUCUCAGCAAUACAUAGAUCGCUUGGCCAAGUCAAGUCUGGAAAAACGCAAGCACGUCAAGGACAGUGAGCUACCAUCAAUAAGAUUAUAUAAAAAUGAUAAGAAAAGAUAGGCACACACUGCGUACAUGUUACAAGCCAUUAGUCUGUGCAGGCAAGUGCACGAGGUUAACUAUAACUUGUUAAACGAGUUGGUUAGUGCUUGUUGCCUGGUGAUUUUAUGCUCUUUUCACCUUUGUGACUGAAGUUUGCUGCUGCAACAUGCAGGGCGUGAACUUUCGUAUCAUUAUUUCGCCAACCAGAAAUAUUCAACGUUUCGGCAGUCAUAUUUAGCAUGUCUGUCUUCAGGCUUUCGACAACUGACACAUCAAGGCCAAAGUUGCAUGUUUCUGCCGGCCCGUAGUCAUUGGUUCUCUCGUUCUACCACUCGUCAUUAGUUUCGGUUCUCGGCUGCGCCUCGGACCGAAACUAUUGGAGAGUUUACGAUUCACGACGCUCGACGACGCGCUUAGAAAACAAAGAAAUACGUCAUGCGAGACAAAAGGGAUGAAUAAUUUGUAGUGUCAAAAGUUUCGUCAACAGCGUUGCCAUUCUUGGGACACCGUCAAACAAGUAAUUUUCACGUCUUCCUCGCGAUAUCAAAGCUCGUUGCGACAUGGGAGCUGUUUUAUAACGUUGCCAGAAUGGCAACAUCAGCUAAACAGCGGAGUAGUUCUGCAGUUUAGACCAAUUUAAACAUUUGUAAGACUACUAAAACAUGCUUUAGACAAUUAAAGCAGUAUAGUUAAAUUUCUGUGCGUUGUUUCAAGCAUAAAUUGACUCGACGUCGUCGAGCUGACCGUAUCGUAUGAUCGUAAGCUCCCUAUAAUGACUCGUGUUGAGAACCCUACUGCAAACUCAGCUCCGAGGAUAGGAAAUAGUGCGUAUAGUCCCGCAGUUUUCUCACAAAAUGCUAUUUUCCCGAGCCGACGGCGCGAAGCGCCGUGCGAGGGUACUAUAACCCCCUCCCCCAGCUAUUUACACCGGGGAAAAGGAUCGCACUAGCGAAGUCUAAAGUUCAUCAAAUAUCGCGGGCGCGGUUCAUGGGUGUAUGGGUGGUCAUCUCACUGAUCUUAAAAUAUGGCUGUUUGCCAGGAGUGAAGAACGGGAAAAUUUAAAAAAUAUAUGUAAGAAAGCUUGGAAAAUUGUUUCACAUUAUAUAAACAUAAUAAAUUGUAAAACUUUUCUUCAAUUUUUGAAGGUAACCAUUAACUAAGAAUUGAUUUAGUAUAAUAAAUUUUAAAGUACCUAGCAAAUUUAUUUCAAUUGUUUAUGUAUGCAUGACUUUGUAUUAUUAAUAUAGAUUUUGUUCUUGUUGUUCAAGUCUUUCCUAUACAUUGUAUGCGAAAGUUUCUUAGUUAAAUUAACUUUUGUAGAAGUUCAUGAUAAAAAGGAAAGCAAGUUAUUUUCAUUAGCGUCCUGUACGAAUUAAAUUUAUUUCAUUUCAAAGUGCGAGUAAUAAGUUGAAGAGAUUAUAAUAUCGGCAAAAAGCCGUUAAAAUUCAUUUCACAUUUAAAAACGUUUUUAAUACGUAGUUUCGUUUCGAAUUUUACAUUAAAAUAGAGCCCAUAGAAACCAAAAUAAUAUACCUACUUUAUAUAUUUUAGAAAUUGAUAGUUCUGUAUUUAAAAGUGUUCAAUUUCACCUACUUUUUGCAGGUUUGUACAAAAAAAAAUUUAAAAAUUAUCGUGUUGCCAUGAGUAGCAACGCGAGCCUGCGUUCAGUGUAGGCGUAUUUACGAAUACUUCAUGUUAAAACAAUGUUUGGAGAAUAUAGGCGAGGGGUUGUUGCAUGCAAGUAUUUCUAGUAUCUUCAAUAAUUUCACGACAAUUUUUUCAUUGUUCAACGAAACGGAUCGAUGCAUGAGGAUACACGAUUAUGUCACUGAAAAGGACCAAAUUCUAUUAAUUAACCAGUCUUUCUUUUAACAAAAGCAUGGUUUUGCUCGAUCAUUUUGAGUUAUGUAAUCUUAUGGGUGUUGGACGUAAACAACAUAUCUUGUCUACAACUUUGAGAAAGUACAGAUAACGCUUUCUAAGGACCUGUUCAUAUGAUCGCGCUUACCGGGACGUCCCACUUACCGAUGAUCUCGCCGCCAAGUUAUUUUCCUACAAAAUUUUGCAUUGUGUUCAUGUGAGAAAGCGAGCUGGCCCGCUUUCCGAGAUUUCGAUUGAAUUUAGCGAGAUCAUAGGUAGGCGGGAUGAAAAUUUUUCCAUAUGAACACUCCAGCCCACUUACCGGGAUGUAGUCAAACAAGUCUCUGCCGUUUAAUUUACCACUUUUUACUUAGUUUUAUGUUUGUUUUGUAAACAAGUAUUAAACAUGCACCUAAAGCAUUACUUUUUCUUGUAAGUAAAUGGAAAAAAACACUAAAAUCGAUAAAUAUUUGUGUUGCUUGACUGAAAUGUAGAAGUUUUGCAUACGCUAAUUAUAGAACUAUACACUGUGAUUUCAGCUCGGCAAGCGGGACGAAAUACUCCACAUGAACGCACGGAAAUAUUCCUCUCGGUAGGCAAGACGUCUCGGUAAGUGGGACCAUAUCAUGAACAACCCCUAAAAUCCUCAGUUCUAGAGAUAUCUCUAUAACAUCACAAGGACAUGUCGGCUAUGUCACUGGCCUGAAUAAUAACUCUUUUAACUCAAUCAAGGUAUUUUUCUGUGUUGGUGUUGUGUACUCAGGUGAAUAUGAUAUUUGUGAUGUUACUCUGAGUGUGUAUCCACACCAGGCUCGAAUCCCACCGUGGUCGGGCAUAUUUUUCAAGCUCGCCUGGUGUGGAUACACACUCAGAGUAACAUCACAAAUAUCAAUCAAGGUAUUUAAAACAAAAGUAACGCGAAGCCAACGUAACGGAAAAGACAACGCUGGGAUGAAAUAUUGUCGAUUGGUUGCUGGUAGAACACUUACGACAUGAUCAAUCUUAGAUAACCUUAAACUAUAAGAAUAAAUGUUCACAAAGACAAAGAUCAGUCCCAAAGUAUAAAAUAUGCUCUGUAAACUUACGACGAAGUGGGGAAUGGUGUGCAUGGGCUGUUUAUUUGGUGAUUUCAACGUAUAUCGAAGCCCUCUUUCCAAUAAUAUUCGCUUAUCGCACAGCAUAACACCAACUGAUGUAAGUUCAAAUGCAAUGAUAAGUUAUCUCCAUGAAUUACGUCUCGGAAACUGUGUUGGAAAUUUAAAUGCUUAUCCAUUACAUAAGAUUACCAUUGUACAUUUUUGUAUAUAACAUUUUGAUCACAUGUAAGGAAUUAUUUCUCAGCCCAGAGGCAUCGCCUAAAGACUUAACAUUAAUUAACGUCCUUGUGAUUUUAUAGAGUUAGAGUAAGAACUAAGGAUUUUAGAAAGAAUUAUCUAUACUUUUUCAAAGUUGUAGACAAGAUAUGUUGUUUACGUUCAACACGCAUAGGAUUGCAUAACUCAAAAUUAUUCGAGCAAAACCGGUCUUUUGUUUAAAGGAAGACUGGUUAAUAGAAAUUGGUCUUUUUGAGUGACAUAAUCUUGUAUCGUCAUCGAUCCGUGUCGUUGAACAAAUUUGUCGUGAAAUUAUUGAAGAUAAAAUAGCAUUUUGUGAGAAAACUGCGGAUCUACGGAGCGGGAACGUUUCGGAUUUGACCUCCGCUGAGUUCAAAUUCGAAAAGUUCCCGCUCCGUAGACCCAUAAAAAAUAUUUCAGAUCUAAGAUAUGCUUAAUGAAAAUCGUUUUCUAGGCACUGUUCAAGGUCACAACACACGGACUAGAUACAGCUUCGCGGUAUGAAAAGCUAUUUUUCAUAAAGUUUAUGUUUUGUUUGUUAUUCAAAUAAAGUUUUCGAUCUUUACCACUUAUUAAUAAUAAUUGAUACGUGUCAUUAUGACUGGCGACAAACAGGUCUAACAAGUAGUUAGGCAUUUCACCCGGUAGGCCUAAUGCCUUAAUUUAAAUGGCAUAAUGUGUCCACGUUUUAAUUAAGAAUAAUUUCAAUUUUGUCCCAACCUGAUUUUUCAAAUUAUCUCUCUGUUGAUCUUAUUUCAUAAUUUGAACCCGUUAUCACUCGAGCGGCUUGCUUGUGCAAUUUGUGUAGUUUUUCAAUAUGUGCACCACUAUCAUCAUUCCAUACAUUCGAAGAAUAUGUGAAAUGAGGUAGGACAAGUGCAUUAAUUAAACAUGUUUGGAAGUGUAUCUUGCCUCACAAAUUGCUUUGCUCUUCUCAAGAGAAAGCAAUUGACUGGGAAAUGUUUUGCAUUGUGCAUCGUUAUGUUCUUUCCACUUUAACUGGUCAUCAGUAAUGACCCCAAGGACUUUCCUACUUCAGACCUGCUGUCUGACUGAGGAUUACUUGAAGAUAGUUGUAAUCUCUGUCUUGAGUCUACAUCUCGCCGAAGUAUCUCCCCUUAUUUUCGAAGAACGGCAUCUGUUCUACAUGCUGGUGAAUUGUUUUGGAGAAUAAAGUGAUUUGAGUGGGAGAAUUUUCGAUUCGAAGUGCUGUGCAGACGGAUCGACGAUUGUAAAUAGUUUGUCUUUAUCAUGUAGUAUGUAUACUAGUACCACCGAGUACAAUGUCUUAAUAUUAGUCCAACAAAAGAGGAAUAAAAGGAGAACACACACUAUCAAAUAGGCAAGUCCAUUUCAUUUUAAAAUUUAUGUUUUAUGACAUUUUUUUUAACUUUAAUAUACAUUACUACAAGUCUAUAAUACUGACCCUUGCGAGAUUGGGCCGCCUGUGAUUUAAGACGCUUGACCUUUCAGGUCAGUGUAAUAAGUACAUGAGUGAUUCAAAUUAUGGAGUCCCCUGCUGCUUUAAGUAAUUUACUAGAAAUCUUAUCAAGGCCUGAUGCCUUAGAUGCUUUACCUUCUUUAACACGCUCACCAAUUCUGCCCUAGCACAGGGCCAAAGCUAAUGUAAGGGGUCGAAAUCUGAUGGUGGUAUAUUUUCUGUAAGUUGUGGUCCUAUCUUGCAGGAAAAGUUAUUAAAUUCGUUUGCUAUGUUUUUGUCACCUGUUAUCUUGUUAUGCAUGGUUAACUAUAAGUUCAUUUAUAGAGGUAGUCUUUGAUAUCUUAUUCAGUAAUUCAUUUGUAAUUUUCCAGCUAUCCUUGCUAUAAUUAGUACUAUUCUCCAAACUCGUUUUGUAGUAAUUUGUUUUAGCGACUUUGAUACGAUGGUUUACUUCAUUUCUACAUUUUUUAUAUGCUUCGUACGUGAUUACGCUGGAGAAUUAAGUCUUGCGCUAUUCCCAACUGGAAAUACAAUUUGAAAAUAUCCAAACAAGGAGAUGCUUGUACCCUACUGGUCUGGUCAAGGUACCCCUAUAUACGCGUGAUUUGACGUCAUCUCGGCUACGGGAACUCCUUAUUGGUCAAGUAUAAUGCGUGACAGGCGUGUGCGAGUAAAACCUGAUAUUUUGAGAAAUUCAAAAUAACUAUUUCUACUCACCGUGUUUAAGCGAAACUUUCCACACGAAAGCGCCUGAAUACAAGGAGUAUUUUUUCGUAUGGCUUUGAGAGAAUAAUGAGAAGUUUUGAAGAUAUUCAAUUUUUUUCUCCAAAUGAAAUUCAGAAUGUUUCAGCAAAGGUUGAGUAAAUGUAUUAUGUAUAAUUAUGUAGACUAUGUUUUGGUUUGUGUAAUGUUUUGACGGCAUUUGAACCCUCGUUGGGUAAAUACUCGCCGAGAUAUUCCAUAAGAAUCAACUGAAUCGUAAAUUACAAAAUUCUGUUAAUAUUACUAGUUAUUACAUUGGAACAAGGGACAAUAUACACAUAAACAGUCAAUAAUAUUUAGAUUUACUGAUUAUAUUCAUUAUCAACUGAAACUUUUCAUACAAUUAUUCACCUAUUUGUCAUCAACACAUGCAUUUGCUAACUAAAUUUGAACUAAAUCCAUUUUACUGCAUGGGAGCAAUAUUACAAAUGUUUGCACAAGGUUUUCUAGAAUUAAUUACCAGUAAUUGGAUUGACUCGUACUUACCUCAAUAUAUCGCCGGAUUCGAACUUUUCAUGAAAAUGGUUUUGAAAACCAUGAAAUUACUAUAAUAUGAAAUUGAUCAUAAUGCGUGAUUGUAGACAUCUGUCAAAACAUCAAACAUGCCUCCUCUCUUACACAUGCAAAGUUUUAAGAAUAAUUGUAUGAUCGUGUAAAUAUUACAGAUAUCUCCAAUUUGAACCAGCUAAUUUAUUCAGAGGACCAAUACAUACGGUGGCAAAAAAAAUUGAAAUGUGAAGCUUAAUUUAAAUACCUAAUUCUCAACUUACAUGGCGCAGUUACAAUAUUCAACAGCACACUAGUACCGUAACAGUAGUACUAUGCUUGUAAUUCAUAUUUUCCAACGAAAUUGUUACACUGUAAACUCAAAAGAGCCAAAAUGGUUGCGAAGGUGUCGUUCCGGGGUAGGAAAACAAUCGCAAAAAAGUAGUGCGUUACUGCUUUUGCGAUCAUUUUGUCACACGCACCAUGCAGACUUGAAAAUGUUUAUCUGCUACGCAGGCUAACGCAGUCUUGCUCGACGUUAUUCGAGUAUUACCCGACUCGAUAGUGGGUGUAUAGGUCGCACAUGCGAUAUUAAGCACAUUUUACAUACAUGCAUCCAAUUGCCUUUUUUCCAAGAAGUGAUUUCAAAAAUAUAUUUAUACGCACACGACUUGUUUUACAUUUUAGUAAUUUGAGCGUACGUUCCCUCGCUCGCACGCAGUUUACACUGGAAUUCACAUUGCAUUUACACAUAAAUCUUUAAAAGAAAAUCCAAGUCUAUUAAACCUUCUGAACCAAUGGUUCGCUCCAGUACGGGUUUGCAGAGAAAGAGAGGUUACUCGCACUAGCUUUCUGGGAUACUGAAAAUCUCAAGCUUCCGCUUAGAAACUUAAUCCGUAUUCUACAUAGACUCAAGACUAAGCAAAAUGUGUUUAUCUACUUCAUAAAGAAAACCUAUAUAGUUUUACCAUGAGAGCUUAAAUCGAAGCGAGCGCCGUCAAUAACUAUUAUUUUGUAUUUUUUUAAUAGAGCACAAAACGAAUUGCCUAUCACCAGAACUGUUACAUUCCGUGCAGUUUCCAAGCAUGGGAAUAGAAUGUCUAUUACAACUGAGCAUGAGGUACCCAGAAAAACUGCAAUUUAUAAAACGUACCUGAAAGACGAUGAAAAGGUUGAAGCCUGCUCCUCUGGAAAGUCAGCACUUGAAUGAUGCGUCAAGCUACAGUUAUGGUUUAAUUUAUUUAUGUUCUUAAGCAUCCGUCACAGCUGAGACUCAGCAACGAGCUACUAGCAUCCGUUACAGCGCAAACAGAAACUUAUCGUAAUUUAGCAGAUAGCGGCAAAUUCAUUGCAUACAAAUUAUGAUAAGUAUCCGUUACGGCGCUGGCAGACUUAUUACGCAGACAGAAAUAUUCAUUGCGAGUUGCAAUAAGCAUCCGUUGCAGCAUGGAAAAGCUUAUUACGCAUAACUUGGCAUUAUUUCGCAAAUCUCAGCAAUACAUAGAUCGCUGGGCCGAGUCCAAUGCAUCGAUAAUCGGAGCAUGUGAAGCCAAGUAUAAGCAGGCCAAUGGCUGAGCAUGUUAAAUAUUUUACUAAAAAACAUAAUAAAUGUCGAGAUAAAAUGCAAUUCUGCAGUGCAUGGUAAUGAGUUAUAUUUAUUUUUAUAGGAUCAUGUGUCCAUUCUGCCAAAAGUUAGACCAAAGCAAGGCUCAGGUCAGGCCAACGCUUGCAAUGUAAACAUGAUCAUAGGUCAUGUCAUAUGCAAUGAUAACAGUCUAACAGUUACUUCGGUUUCGUAAUUUUCUAUUAAAGUCGAAAAACUUCAGUUUGGUUACUUAAAUGUAUGCCGACUUGUUUUUCAAUAUAGUUGAGCUUAUCCACUGCAUAAACCAAACGGGCUUCGUACAAGCUAGAGAAUCCUUAAAAUCCAGUUUCUUUCUGAUUAAUCACAUAGUCCUUGUGUACUUCAAUUAGGUGGGCAUAAAAAUGACCGUCAUUUUCUUCCUGUCCAGGGCGAGAUCUUUUGAGAGCUGUAUACGUCGAAUUUUCAUUUUCUACUUCUUCAUAAUUCGCAUCAUCCUUGUCAGGAUUUUCAUUAAUUUUUUCUGAAUUAUUUCUAUCCUUCGUUUUGUUCUCCGGGUUUGGCUUUAAUAAUUUAAGACGACGAUUUUGAUGGAUGAAAUAAGCAAUAAUCACAAAUGAAAUGACCAGCAGAAUCACUAAUACUAUAAUUCCAACAAGAUAUUUUCCUGCUGUAUACCUAGAUGAAAAUUAAACAACGCGUUAACUUUGAAUGUCUCACAAAGUGUUUCUUUGGUACAUAGAUCAGUUUGAUUUAUGUACGACAGGAACGUGACGGUAAACGAACUCGUUGAACCAAAUGAUUGCGGAAGAAAGCCUGCAUGUCGGCUAUUAUCCAUAAUAUGAAAAAUAAUACAGUUUAAGGAUUGAGGUUAACACAGGGUUAGUGAUUGAGAAAAAUUCUAGGACCCAAUUCAAAGUAGUAGUUUGAAAUGUAAGCGUUGUAUACAAGAUGUGAUAAUCUGUAUUUUGCCGUUGUAAACAGAGCGACGGCGACUUCUAAAACUUCCGUGCGGGGAUAUUAAUUGUUCAUUUCUGUUCAAUUUUUUGUUCAUCCGUCCUCGUUCCACUUUCGUUCUGCUUGCUUGCUAACGCGGUAGUUCGAUCUUUAUACUUAUAAACUAAACGAGACAACGUAUCUUGAGUAAAUAAGAUGUUUUUGUUAUGGUUUUGUUUUGUUUUGUUUUAUAACAUUUAUAAAUACUAAAUACGGAAUCGAAUGCCGCUAUCCCUCAUCUCAUUGAAAAUAUCUGUACCUGCACAAGGUCCAUCACUGCAGUCACCAUUUUGCUUCUCAUCACCAGGAUCUGGUUACGUGA